UUUUUUUUUUAUAGUGGUGUUUUUCUUUUCCUUUGCGCCUUGUAAAUCUAACAUGCUGCAUGCAUACCCGGGUACCUACCUACUUAGUUAGUCCUAAUAUCCAUGAAAAUACAUGUUGGUCCAUGGAUGAUCUACGAAGUUUACUCGACAGCCUGGUAAAAUAUUCUGCGUUGACGCCCAUGAAAGAACCCUAGACUACUUCUUCCUCUUUAUAAAACUGCCGCCAUAUUUUGUUACAUCUACUCAGUACCACCCCCUCCAUCAUGUCCGCCGAACCGCCGACUAAGAAGAAAUGCCUAGGGGCUGACUGCGAGAAUGAUGCCUCUGCCUUACAAUGUCCUACGUGUCUAAAGAUCGGAAUCAAGGAUAGCAAUUUCUGCUCGCAAGAUUGCUUCAAGAAGAACUGGAAUAAUCAUAAAGUCUUGCACAAGAUCGCCCAAGGCAAAACAGUAAACGCAACCGGAUUUUUCAACCCGUUCCCCUCCUUCGCAUACACCGGACCCAUACGUCCUGUGUACCCCUUGUCCGAAAAGCGCACGAUACCCAAGUCGAUACCACACCCUGAUUAUGCCGAGACCGGUUUCCCGAAAAGCGAGCGAUUCAUUAAUCGGAAUAAAUUUGAUCUUCUGGAUGCCAAAGCGCAGGAUGCUAUGCGAAAAGUAUGCAGGUUCGGACGAGAAGUUUUAGAUAUUGUCGCCGCCGAGGUCAGACCUGGUGUUACUACAGAUUAUCUUGACGAAGUCUGUCACAAGGCUUCAAUAGAACGAAACUGCUACCCUUCACCCCUGAACUACAACAAUUUCCCCAAAUCGAUAUGCACAUCUGUCAACGAAGUGAUCUGCCAUGGUAUUCCGGAUCAGCGGGUGCUACUAGAUGGUGACAUCAUCAAUUUGGAUGUCUCAUUAUACCACGGAGGCUACCAUGCGGACUUGAAUGAGACGUAUUACGUGGGCGACAAGGCCAAAGCAGACCCGGACUCUGUCAGGGUAGUCGAAGCGGCUCGGGAGUGUUUAGACGAAGCAGCCAAGCUUAUCAAGCCCGGAACUCUCAUUCGAGAAUUUGGCAAUAUUAUCGAAAAGCAUGCCAAGUCGAAGAAUUGUAGUGUUAUCAGAACGUAUUGCGGUCAUGGAGUCAACUCUCUUUUCCAUUGCCCGCCCAAUGUGCCGCAUUAUGCGAAGAACAAGGCUGUGGGAGAGUGCAAGCCUGGUAUGACAUUCACUAUCGAGCCCAUGAUUGCUCUUGGUAAAUAUCGAGACGUUACCUGGCCCGACAAUUGGACGAGCACCACGAUUGACGGGAAAAGGACUGCUCAGUUUGAACACACUUACCUCGUGACUGAAACGGGAGUGGAAGUAUUGACGGCGCGCACGGAGAACUCGCCUGGUGGGCCGGUGCCAAUGCCGGUUACCGAAAACGGAGCCAACGGUAGCGCAUAAGAAGAAGGACCGGAUAGCAACAUCAUGGAAUGUACUAUGACAUUUCAAGACAUGGAUCUCACAAGCAAUGCAUUGUUAUGUACAAGACACAUUGCAGACUAAGGUAUAGGGCAGCAUACAUGUAUGUAGAUACUUUCUUACAAGAGACGUGUCUACUUGUACAUAUGUAUGUAUGUAUUCGUUCAUUACACCAACGAAGCAUCCAUAUCCAGCACUUGCUGCAAACUCGUAGUUGACGUUGAGAAUAAAGUAAUUCUCCUGGGUUGUAAUGUUCGUUUUAUAAGGGGAAAGAAGUGAAACUUAAACCAACGUUCUCAGUGAACAUCCUAAGAAUACAUACAUAAUUAUAGGCUACUGUGUAAGAUACAUAGAUGGCAUCAUU